AGCAGCAGAGCAAUUUGUUGAUAUCCGAUUUGGUAGUAGUCAUUUAGACUUUGGUAUUUCAAAGCCAGAUUUAUCCCCAGCAUAGGGGUUUCGUUUGCAUUGGGCAGCACAGUUAACUAGAACGUUAUCUAUAUGAAGAGCUGAUGGAAGACGCAAGGGAUUUGGCUGAACGCACCCCACGUUCAGAGCGUAAGCGGAGAGACUCAUUCGGGAUGUUUGAUGGCUAUGACAGCUGUAGCGAGGAGUCUACCAGUAGCUCCAGUUCGGAGGACAGCGAGGAUGAGGUGGUGCCCUCCAUCCCUGCCAGCCUGCCCAUCAUCAAGAACAAUGGUCAAGUCUAUACUUAUCCAGACGGCAAGGCUGGAAUGGCCACUUGUGAGAUGUGUGGGAUGGUCGGAGUACGAGAUGCUUUUUACUCAAAAACCAAGCGCUUCUGCAGUGUGUCCUGUUCUAGAAGUUAUUCCUCAAAUUCCAAAAAAGCUAGCAUCUUGGCAAGACUCCAGGGCAAACCACCAACAAAAAAGGCGAAGGUCUUACAGAAACAGCCUCUAAUGGCAAAGUUGGCAGCUUACGCCCAGUACCAAGCAAGUCAGCAGAACCAGGCCAAAUCAAAAGCAGUGGUCCCUGCAGAGAGCUUUGACUGGGGUCGGUAUAUUUGUAGCAAUAACACGAUCGGAGCUCCAGUCAGCUGCUUCAAGCACGCCCCCAUGGGGACAUGCUGGGAAGGCAUAGAAGAAGGAGUGAGGAUCGAAGUGUUGAACUCCGACACCAACCUCUCCACUAAAGUGUACUGGAUAGCAGAAAUCAUUAAGCUAGCAGGGUUCAAGGCUCUCCUGCGGUAUGAGGGCUUUGACAACGAUACCAGUAAGGACUUCUGGUCCAAUCUCUGUAUCCCUGAGGUGCACCCAGUGGGAUGGUGUGCUUCAAGCGGCAAACCCCUUGUACCUCCAAAAAGCAUACAGCAUAAGUACUCUAACUGGAAAGCCUUUCUUGUGAAGCGUCUCACUGGAUCUAAAACACUGCCACCUGACUUUAAUGCCAAGGUACACGAGAACUUGCAGUUCCCCUUCAAGAAGCUGAUGCGGGUGGAGGUGGUGGAUAAGAACUACCUGUGCCGGACACGGGUCGCUCUGGUGGAGCAGGUAAUCGGAGGUCGCCUCAGGCUGGUUUAUGAGGAGAGCCAGGACCGGUCAGAUGACUUCUGGUGCCACAUGUACAGCCCCCUCAUCCAUAAUAUAGGCUGGUCGCGUAGCAUCGGACAUCGCUUCAAACGAUCAGAUGUUACAAAGAAAAUUGAAGGUCAAGUUGAUGCUCCUGCAGACUUCUUCCAGAAGGUGAAAGAUGUGGACCAGAGUGGGGACUGGUUCAAAGACGGGAUGAAGUUAGAAGCCAUUGACCCCCUCAACCUCUCAGCUAUAUGUGUAGCCACUGUAAGAAAAGUGUUGGCAGACGGGUACCUCAUGAUUGGGAUCGACGGUUCGGAGGCAGUGGACGGGUCAGACUGGUUCUGCUACCACAGCACCUCCCCUUCCAUCUUCCCUGUCGGCUUCUGUGAAAUCAACAACAUUGAACUCACGCCCCCAAGAGGGUACACUAAACUGCCACUUAAAUGGUUUGACUACCUCAGAGAAACAGGUUCAAUAGCUGCUCCUGUCAAGCUCUUUAACAAGGAGGUUCCCAAUCACGGUUUCCGGCAGGGAAUGAAGCUGGAGGCUGUUGAUCUAAUGGAGCCACGGCUGGUAUGUGUUGCCACGGUGACGAGGAUUGUGCACCGGCUACUGAGGAUCCACUUCGACGGCUGGGAGGAUGAGUACGACCAGUGGGUGGACUGUGAGUCACCUGACCUCUACCCUGUGGGUUGGUGUCAGCUGACGGGCUACCAGCUACAGCCCCCCGCCUCACAGAGUAACAGAGAAAUGCCUCAGUCUGUACCCAAGCAGAAAAAAAAAGCCCAGCAGUACAAAGGCCAAAAGAAGAAGAGGAAGAUCCCGGUUGGUCGACGGCCCUUCAGUCAGACAGGCAGGAGGAGGAGCAGCUUCUCGGGGGACGAAGAACAGAGUCCGCCCCCUUACCUUGCCCAGGGGCCCACUCGGCCCCGACCCCGAACCCACCUCCACCAAACCCACAACUCAGAGUCUCUCCUGCGAAUGAAAGAGGAGACAGCCGAGGUGGACGAGUUCACCUUCUCACAGGGCACCUCCGACCAGGAGAGCAACGGCUCGGGCAGCUACUACAUCAAACAGGAGCCCUGAGCUCACGAGGCCAGGACAGAGCAGGAUAAACCAGGACAGGUCACACUUCUGGAAAACCCCAUCGAGGAUCAGGAACACGGAGAGCCGAACUAGGCUCGAAUCACAUUCAGACCAACGCCACAGGCCUUCUGCUGUGUCGAUACAGAAUAUGGCCACGAUGAGUAGGAGCGGGUUGUUAUUGCGCUCCUGAAAAAUCCUGAAGGGAACCUCCCCCGGAACAAUUUUCGAACCUUGUAGCUAUGUGUGCACAUAAUCACUCAAGAAACCUGUGUGAUUGAAAGGUUGGAAAGCACCCAGGGUCGGGCCUGCGUCACGUAUGUUUGGGCAUUCUCUUUUGUGCCACCCUCGGGUGACACGACAUCAUUCUCUCCUCUCCAUUUUUCUACAGAAAUGGGGGCCCUGCGAGUCAACAUCAGCGCUCUCUGCCUCUGCCACAAUCUGGGCCGCACACAGAGACCUGUAGAAACUGUGAGAACCAUUUAUUGAGCCAGGUCUUUAGUUGUUGUUUGUAUUUUUUUUCGUUUUCAGGUCAGAGAGUCAGCCACUGAACGGCCUGAGGAGAAACGUGGUGCUGGCAGUAAGAGGAACAGAGUUGUGUAUAUUUUGAUUCUUUUCUUCUGAACAAUAUUGCCAGGUGGACUUUUGCUUUGUUAAUAGUACUUGAAGUUUUUUUUUUUUCCCUUUUCUUUUCUUUUGUAAUGAUUUUGAGGUUGUUAUUUUCUUAAUGUACUUAUUUGCAUUUACAUUUUUUGGUGGCUGUGUGGGAAACUUAAUGUGCAUUGUUUCAUAAAAGUGAUUCUAUUCAUAUAGUAUGUGGAGACCUAUUCAAAUAGAAUUACAGAGUAUAGAUAUUAAGGAUUGUGAUUUGGAGAGAGACCUUAGUACAGUGCUGCUCAGCAUUUCUGAUAUUCAUUUUUUUUUUUUUUACAUUUAAAAAAAACUCUUUCUUCCAAUUGGCCAGAUUAUUUCCACAGCUGUAUUCAUUUCUGAUUCCAACAUUACAGAACCAAAAUCUGAUUCAAGUUCAACAACAUAAUUUCAUCAAAGUUUCAUCAAAAAUUCUGGAAACUUGUGGGGCUGCAACUACAAUGUUAUUAUUUGUUAUCAUUAUGGAUACAUUAUUAUUUGUUGAUUAAUACUUUGGAAAAUGGUGACAAAUACCCAUAACAAUUGAUUAGUUUAAAAUUAUUCUAGAACCCAGUGAAGUGCAGCUUUAUCCUUACAUCUGAGGAGCUGGAGCCGGCAUCUUUUGGGGCAUUUUGAAGUGAUUAUUCAAUCAUUAAGAUUGUUGUCGAUACAUUUUCUAAUGUAACGAUUCACCUACUAAUCUACAGGUGCAGUUUUAACAUUGUCCAUGUUAAAGCUGCACCUGUUGCUUUUAGAAGAGCUGUAUGUUUUCGUUUGGCUUUAUGUGUUUAAGACCCCUGCGAGGUACCAUUUAGCAACUUAUUUCUGGUGGCGACAGUUCUAGUGAUUUGGUGGAGAAAUUAAAAACAUGGUGCAGCUUUAAUUCUAUUCACAUUCCAUUGGGCUUUCACUAACACUGUAGGGUUUGUACAUCUUAAUAUCCUUCAGCGAUAUUAAGUGGGCAUUUUGGGGAGUAAUUGUUUUUUUGGUUAAAACUGCUUUAAUGUCCAUAUUUUAGGAUACUAUAGAUUAUAUAAGCCAGGAUAAGCUUAAAACAGAGCACAUAUCUAAGGAGGUAACAGUGAUGUGUGGCUUUGAUGGCUCAGUGUGGAGCUUUAGGGACCUAUCACAGUAAUCAGAACUCUCAUAAUACCACCAACUGUGGGGAUUAGUAACUGCUGUAGCAAGUGUAGCAGUACUAGGACUAGGCAGAAAUGUCCAAGUUAUCAUUGUGAAUGUUUCAGGUCCUGUAAUGUUGAACAGAAAUGAUGAGAAGCUUUUUCCAUGUUAAAAAAAAAAUAGCACCUUUUUAGUUAUACUAAAUUGGAAAUACAUUUUAAUAUUGUGACUGUAUGUGAGCAGCAGGGUAUGUUGUAUGAAAGAGAAACCUUACUGGUAUGAUAGGGUACACUCUGACCUGUUAUUCCCACUGUCCAGCCCUACGAUACCUUUUUACAUUUUGGAUGUAGCUGCUGUCAGGGAGGAACCUCAAGUCUUAUUGGACAGACAAGCAACACAACUGACCAAUGUUGGCCUCCUUUAUCAGACAAACUGUUCAGCGUAUUAAAAUGUUGUGGAUGCAGGCGGACGCAUCACUUACAUAAGGUCAAAGGUCACACAGCAGAGAUUGAGAUUGCAGAUACAGGUAUUUCUGUUGUGUUGUAGACCACGUCUGCUGUAUUCAUACCCAGAGGAGGACAAACAUGUUCCCUCUGGGACUCCUCAGUUAUAUGGAGCCUGGAGUAUGCCACCAGACUAAUUAUAGUCUUAUUCAGUGUUAAAUUAUAGUCAAUUAAUACAUUUAAGAAUCCUGAAUAUGCAUUUAAAUAAUGCAUUGAAAAACUAAAAAAAGAUCAUUAAAUUUGCCUGAUUAAUAUUUUUAUUCCCUUAUUCUGUCUAUAAGUGACAAAUUACUAAUUGAAAUUUAAAAUGGAAUGGCAAAAUCCAUUUUUAUUUAAAGAACCAACCUACAGUGCCAGCUGAUCACAUUGCCUCUGUGUGGGUUGAACUAUAUGUAAUAUUUAGGUAUUACACUGUACCCAUCUUGAAUGUGACUAAGUAAUUGGAAUAACAAAGUAAAAUUGAAAGAUAAUUUUGUGAUUCCAUUUUAAAAUGUAGUAAAUUAAAUCACUUAAACAUAAGGCACAUCUAAGAAUAAGGAAAUACUAUUAAUUGGCAGAUUUAAUUAUUUUAUAUUAUAAUAGUUAUAAUUAAUAUAUACAAUCAAACAUUGAAAGUGUGGCACACUCAAUAAGAAGAGGUUGGACUCAUGUUGGAACACAGGAAAAUCUGCCUUGGUUUAACAGUCUUAUUAACAAGCCGUUUUGUUUUCCAAAUGCAAAAAAAAAAACACAGUAUGUUAAAUAUUUUAUUAGGGUAAUAUGCAAACCCUUAGUUUUUUUAUUGCUUAGGUUGUUCUCAUGUCACAGCCAUAUGUAUGCAAGCUAGUUUAUGAUUCACCUGAGCCACAGAAUAACAGGUUUGUUGUUUAAUAAUGAAAUAUGAACAAUGCACUGCUUUUCCAAUAGUCUCUGAGGGCAGCAUUCACAUAAGACAGGAUCUAAAAGUGGCAUAAAUACAUAGAUUCUAUAUAAAUUUAUAUAUAUAUAUAUAUAUUCUUCAUAACAAUGAUGAUAUGGAGUAACAAAUCCUGGUUAGUCAGAAAUCCAUGCUUGGCCGUGGAAAAUAUAAGACCGCUUCUUUCAUCCUUAGUGCUAGAUUUUUGCAGCUGUUUAUCUACUACCUCCAGAUGCUAGCCACAUUUAGCUAAACAAGAGUGUGAAAUGGACUACGGCAGUGUGUUAGCAUAUGCAAAUGAAAAUGAUUUCUUAAAAAGGAUCCACUUGAAGACUAGACACCAAACAUGGAAGAAUUUUAUCACAGCACACAUAACGAGUCUUCUAAUUUGAAUGAUGCAAUAAUAAUAGAUCCAAUAUUAUUUUGCUAUGUUAUAAAACCGUAUAGCACCCUCAAAUGUCAUGAUCACUACAUAAAUAUAAAUCACAUAUGAGAAUUUAACAAAGUGGUAUUGUAUAACUGUGAUUUUUGUGAGCAAGGUGUUCAUAUACAGAAGACUCACUGUAUGGCCAAAGGCUAUAUUGAAAUGCAGAGCAGAUUUAAACUUCUCAGUGACGGUAAAAUAUCCAUCAUUUCUCUUAAUACCAGUAAGGUUCAUGAUUCAAUUCUCAGGAAGUUUGUUUCUUUUUUUGGCUGUAAGGGUCAUUACUACAAAGUCUGAAUCAGCUGGGUUUGAAAAGCUCAAAGGCAUCUGCAUCAUGUGCAUCUCUCUAUGGAAGCAACAAAGUGCCAUAAUAAUGAGAAUCUUUUAUGCAACUGAAAUAGUACUUGUGAAAUUUAAUGACUUUUGAAUACUUAAUUUUGGGACUUUUGGGGCACCUUAAAAGUUGAAUUUGAGCAAUUUGAAUAGACUGUAGUUUUUAUUUUUGACACUUGCACAAUUUGAAAUACUCAAAUUAAUUUAACAGAAAUUCAAAUUGAUUGUUUCAAAAUAUACUAAAAGGUACUUAAAUUUCAAUAUUGUUGAGUGGUGGUUACAUUUCACAUUCAGGCUGUUUUCAAGAUUCUAGUUGUUAGGUGCUUAUAUCCUUCCAUACUAUUCAAAAAACAAAUGUCUUAUCUAACUUACCAUGUUAUGUAUUUUUUAAAAUCUGUCUUCAUGUUAAAUUUGAGUGAUGACUCAAAAACAUGUGGAUGUUUUGUUGUUAUUUUUGGUUUGACUUGCUUUUUGGAGCCUCCUGUUUUCCCAUUAUUUCCUGGAAUGUGAGAUUGGUUUUCUACCAGUUGUCUUUUUAAUUUGUCUCCCGAUCAGAUUGGGUACAAAGCUAAAAAGCUAAGCUUCUAAGACCAAAUGAGCAAUAAAAGACUGUGUCUCACAAUCAUUUGAAGUAUAUAGGUUUCAGGUUAGGAGCUGUCAUAGGAGUUAUUUUCCUGUGAUGUUGGAGGGCAUAAAGAAGCAUUAAAGUAAUUCAUGACCAAACUGCAUUAAUAUCUUAGUACAAAAAAGAAAAGACUGUUCUAUGGACUAACUGCUGCUACCCUCUCUAGAUAAACCCUAAAUAAUCAAAUGCACAAUCAACACUGUUUUGGAUCUUUUGUUUCUCUCUUGUCCUUGUAGAUAUUAAAUGUUUCCCCUUGAUCCCCAAAUUUAAAAAUGGAACAAGUUUGACCUCCAUCUACAGGUAGCUGUGUAUUUUAAGUGUUUGGGCAUCAAUAGUUAGAGAUGGCAGCAAGGAGUUGAUUUGGUAUUAGGUGCACUGGUCAACUGAAUGCAUGUAGAACAGAACACAUUGUGCUGAUGUCGUGCUGAGCUUGUGGUUUUUUGUUGUAACCGUCAUUGGUUGUUCUUCAGUUUGUGUUUUCCUUCCUCCACUGUGAUCAGAAAAGGCAUGGAAGCCAGUUUCCGCUAAGAAAAAGAAAAACAUUCAUAAAAGUUAGCCAUAGAUAAAAUUUUAAUUUUCAUCAUUUGUAAGGAAAAUUUUGACCGCUUAGCUUACCACAGCGAAGAAACAUUGCGGUGCGGUUUAGCCAUUGAAGAAAAUGGGUUUUAAAGCACAGUGGUGCCGUUAUCACGUUGUGCCUAAAAGGGCCUUUAUUAGAAUUAUUUAUUAGGCAAAAUUGUGUCUACUUUUAUAAUUAUCUCUGAUAAUUUUUCAUUUUGACCUAGUUAGUUCAUAAUUUGGACUUUUUAUCUCAAUUUUGAUAUAGUAAAUUAAAAUUUUGACAUAGUUAAACUCAUCAUUUUGACUUUCUACAUCAUCCGACUUUUCACAAGUUUAUUAUUAAAUUAUAUUUAUAUAUCAUUUUCAUAAUGAUUUUCUUUAUCUGGCAAUAGUGGACUUCCAUAGGAGUGGAAUUGUGGUUGCAGAGUUCUUUCUGCUAGAUGUUGACAGUGAUGAAGAGCAGGCUAUAAUUAUAUAUUUGUUUCGUUUUUCUUGGAUACUAACACGGGUCUUUUGUAUGUGAUAGCCCCCCACCCUCCCCGGUUAUAUUAAACCAUUAUAUUGUGGUGCUAUAUAUAUAUUUGAUAAAAAUAACUAAAUGUAUUGGGCUUACUAUUGUCUGAAAAUAAUUGUGGGUUGAGAGGGUUAUUGUGCAAAAUUUAUUUUGGAUACAAAUGGGGAAAAAAAUCUAUGUUAAUAGUUAUAAAUCUAUUGAUAUUAACACCGACCCCUGAGGUACAUUAUUAGAUUGCAGUUUAAAGUUUGUACAUCUUUUUGAUAGUGUAUACCAGUUUCCUUUCAUAUGGUAAGUUUGUGCUGUGAUCAAGCUUUGAUAGACUUUGUAAAUAAAGCCAAAUGUUUGGAUCAUAAUAUUGGUUGUAAUGAAUGGCUUCUUUGUUUACAAGCAUUGCAAACUGUUUCUGCAUGGCUGUGAAAGUUUAUCUGGUGAUUUUUGUAAGAUCUGACUUUUACACUGAAUAAAAAGGCUUAUGACUUCAAA